UCAUGGCUUCUUCUCAAGCUUUUUACGUGCUGUUUAGCCCAUCCAAACUGUCUCGUUGUCAUGGCUUCAGAUCUAGAAAACCAUGCGGCGUUCAGUGCUCUAGCCCACGUGAUUCAUUCGUUUGAAGAAGAUACCCUACAUUUCUAUCUGAAUGGAUCUCGGGUUGAUAUUGCAAACCCAAAUCCAAAUUGGACGUUGCUGGACUUCAUACGCUCUCAGCAUGGCCUUAAAGGUACCAAGCUAGGCUGUGGUGAAGGCGGAUGCGGUGCCUGCACUGUUGUGCUUCAGACUGUUGAUGCUAGGCAAAAUGGGCGGAUUAAGCACCUUUCAGUUAAUGCUUGCUUAUUUCCACUUGUAGGAGUUAUUGGCAAGCACGUAAUCACCGUUGAGGGUCUGGGAAAUGUUGAACAUCCUCACCCGUUGCAGGAGAGGAUUGCCAAAUUGCAUGGCUCACAAUGCGGGUUCUGCACGCCAGGUAUCGUCAUGUCACUGUACGCUGUUAUCCGGAACGCGUACGACCCUGUCAUGGGGGUAUUUAGCCUUUCAGAUCACGAAGUUGAAAUGAAUGGGCAUCUUGACGGAAACCUUUGCCGCUGUACUGGCUAUAAGCCAAUUCUUCAGGCCGCAAGGACAUUCAUCACUGAGGACCUGAAGGGACGCUUGGCCGCAGGCCCAUUAAUGAAAGACGCCAAAAUAUCUAUCGAUGAGCAAGAGCUCCGGUCGUUUCCAUACAGCUCUGAAUCCCGCAGUGACGAAAUCCCCAUUGUGAAAUCGAAUGGCUCAUGUGGGCGACCCGGCGGCUGCUGUAGGGAUCGACAGAAGCUGGAAACUCUCACCACCACUAAUAACGGCAGUCCAGGGACAGAGUCUUCGCUAGAAACAUCUUGCGAUGGAAGAGGGCUUUUCUCCUCUACUCCUAGCUCUCGGGGCUCAACUACAUCAGACGGGGAGAAUAUUGCUACAGAAGAGAGCAAAAUUCCUAUUGCCGGUGCCACUUACGCACGGCCCGUCAAAUCACGGGAAAGCAAUUUGGCAGGUGCAGAGGGCAUCAAAGCCCAGACUAGUCUGGACGCUCUGCCUCCCGAGCAUGGAGAUGGUGUCCCGCAAUUUUCGUUCUCUCCCUAUGUACCCCAAACGGAACUGGUUUUCCCCCCACGUCUCAGAAAAUUACCAAAGUCUGCUGUCUGUUACGGCGAUUCAAAGAAAAUCUGGUUACGCCCAAUAAACUUACAGCAACUUCUCGACAUCAAGCAAGCUUUCCCGUCUGCCAAGCUCGUUGGAGGAGCAAGCGAAGUCCAGGUGGAAGUGAGAUUUAAGAAUGCUCCAUUUGCUGUCUCGGUAUAUGUAUCAGAUGUUCAGGAGCUUCAGACUAUUCAUCUCCCGGAAAAGGAAGAAGAGCUUCAGUCGAUGACCGACUUUGUUAUAGGCGCAAACGCUCCAUUAACUGAAGUGGAGUCAGCCUGCAAAGUUCUCUACGCGAAACUUGGUCCGCGCGCGUCGGUUCUUGAAGCUGCACGCAAGCAACUUCGUUAUUUUGCAGGAAGGCAGAUACGUAAUGUUGCCUCGCUUGCAGGCAAUGUAGCCACUGCAUCACCUAUCUCUGAUAUGAAUCCUGUGCUUAUGGCCGCUGGCGCAACGGUAACGGCGCAAAGUAAGCAGGCAGGGGUGUUCAGACUUCCAAUAUCUACAUUUUUUGUGGCUUACCGUACCACAAGUCUUCCAGAGGAUGCAGUGAUUACGAGUAUUUCCAUCCCGAUUCCUUCUUCAGGGGCACGUGAAGUACUUAAAGCCUACAAGCAGGCGAAGCGGAAAGAUGAUGAUAUUGCAAUUGUCACGGCAGCUUUUAGGGUCAGACUUGAUUCUCGAGGAUUUGUGGAAGACACGUGUCUAGCCUACGGAGGCAUGGCUCCUAUGACCGUAUGUGCCAAGGAAACAAUGCGUGCCAUUUGUGGUAAACAGUGGCAGGAUUCACGGACAUUGGACGAGGCUCUAAGAUCACUGCAGAAAGAGUUUGAUCUUCGCUUCGGGGUCCCAGGUGGCAUGGCAACAUACCGAAAAACGCUGUCGCUUUCGCUAUUCUUCCGCUUUUGGCACGAGGUCGUUGUUGAUCUUAAACUUGGUCACGUCGACACUAAUUUGAUAACCGAAAUUCAUAGGAGUAUCUCCUCAGGCACACGAGAUAAUUUUAAUCCCCAUGAGCAAAGAGUGGUAGGUAAACAGAUCCCGCACCUCUCCGCCUUGAAACAAAACACCGGUGAAGCCGAGUACGUGGAUGACAUUCCUCAUCAAGAGAGGGAGUUGUAUGGCGCUCUAGUCAUGUCUAAGAAAGCCCAUGCGAAAAUCCUUGGAGUUGACUGGAGGCCAGCUUUCGACGCUGGCGCUGUCGGGUAUGUUGAUAAGCAUAGCAUCCCAAAGGCCGCAAAUGUUUGGGGAAGUAUCGUCAAGGAUGAGCCAUUCUUUGCUGAAGAGGAAGUUCUCUGUCAUGGUCAGCCUAUCGGUAUGGUGUAUGCAGAGACGUCUUUAAAAGCUCAAGCUGCGGCACGCGCAGUUCACGUCGACUAUGACGAUCUCCCUGUUAUCCUCACUAUCGAUGAAGCCAUUGAAGCUAAAAGCUUCUUCAAACACGGCAAAGAGCUGAAGAAGGGAAGUGCUCUCAAUGACUCGAUGGAUGAAGCAUUUAAAUGCUGCGAUAGAAUAUUUGAGGGAACAACUAGAAUUGGUGGCCAAGAGCAUUUUUACCUUGAGACCAAUGCUGCUUUGGUUAUACCCAGUAAAGAAGAUGGGUCAAUGGAGGUUUGGUCUUCAACACAAAACACUAUGGAGACCCAAGAGUUCGUAGCUCAGGUCACUGGCGUUCCGAGUAAUCGAAUCAACGCAAGGGUCAAACGCAUGGGAGGCGCGUUCGGCGGAAAAGAAUCUCGAAGCGUACAGAUUGCUUGCAUUCUUGCAAUAGCGGCUAAAAAGGAACGUCGGCCAAUGAGAUGUAUGCUUAACCGGGACGAAGAUAUGAUGACGACGGGGCAACGGCAUCCCGUUCAGGUUCGCUGGAAAGUAGGAACUACCUCCGACGGGAGACUGAUUGCUCUUGACGCCGAUGUAUAUAACAAUGCCGGGUACUCCCAGGAUAUGAGUGGGGCUGUAAUGGAUCGUUGUUGCACCCAUCUCGAGAACUGCUACGAGAUACCGCAUGUCCACAUUCGAGGACAUGUGUGCAAGACCAACACGCAUAGCAACACAGCAUUCCGAGGUUUUGGAGGGCCACAGGGUAUGUUUGCAGCUGAGAGUUACAUGACGGCAGUUGCUGAAGGACUGAAUAUUCCUAUUGAUGAGUUGAGAACCAAAAAUCUCUACAAAGAAGGGGACCUUACUCCUUUUCUGCAGAAGAUUGACGAAGACUGGCACAUUCCAAUGCUGAUCGAGCAGACUCGGAAAGAAAGCGCCUAUAACGAGCGUCUGGCCAAUGUGGAAGAUUUUAAUGCACAGAACAAAUGGAAGAAGCGGGGGAUUGCAAUGAUUCCCACCAAAUUCGGUCUUAGCUUUGCAACAGCAGUUCAUCUGAACCAAGCCGGCGCGAGCGUGAAGAUCUAUGCUGACGGCAGUAUUUUGCUGCACCAUGGGGGAACUGAGAUGGGUCAAGGACUGCAUACUAAGAUGGUUCAGGUUGCGGCCCAGGAGCUCGGCGUUCCGGCUGAUGCGAUCUACGUUCAAGACACAACAUCAUAUCAGGUUGCUAAUGCUUCGCCCACCGCUGCAUCAUCUGGGAGCGAUUUGAACGGCAUGGCUGUCAAAAACGCGUGCGAUCAGUUGAAUGAGAGGUUAAAACCAUACCGAGAAAAGUACGGCUAUAGCGCACCUAUGAAAACCAUUGCCCACGGGGCAUACCUCGACCGCGUCAACUUGACCGCUAAUGGGUAUUGGAAAAUGCCCAAAAUAGGAUACCAGUGGGGCAAUUACGACGUGAAAACUGUGAAACCUAUGUAUUACUAUUUUACGCAGGGAGUUGCUGUCAGCGAGGUUGAGCUUGAUCUCUUGACUGGCGACCAUACUGUUCUCCGCACGGAUAUCAAAAUGGACGUUGGUCGCUCGAUCAAUCCAGCCAUUGAUUAUGGUCAGAUUGAGGGGGCUUUUGUGCAAGGACAAGGUCUCUACACGAUGGAGGAGACUCUUUGGGAUCGUAAUGGAUUGCUAGCUACUCGAGGGCCCGGAACUUACAAAAUUCCUGGGUUUAGUGAUAUUCCGCAAGAGUUCAACGUGAGCUUCUUGCAAGGUGUGCCAUGGAACCAUCUGAGGUCAAUCCAGAGCAGCAAGGGCAUAGGUGAACCUCCAUUGUUUUUAGGGGCUUCGGUUUUCUUUGCACUUCGAAGCGCACUCGUAAGCGCCCGAAAGGACAACAAUCUCCAAGAAUACCUUGCAUUGGACAGCCCCGCCACCGCUGAACGGCUACGUUUGGCCGUCGGCGACAAUCUUUUGAAGCUUGGCACCGUGAUGCCCGAGAAGGGCGAGAAGAAUUUCUUUAUUGCUGUUGCUUGAUCUCAUUACAUUGCGCUGUAGACCAUGCAGUUGCUCUAUUUUUGCAAGUUACUUUGGACAUCAGAUUACGCUAGCUUCUGAUAUUCUACAUCAUGACAUAUCCGGAUAGAAGAGUAACGAUGAAGCAAGGUCUAUCUUGAAAAACGGAC